AGCUCCCACCUGGCGAUGAUUGACACUCUAAUGAUGGCAUAUACGGUGGAGAUGAUCAGUGUGGAGAGAGUGCUGAACUGUGUACAGAAAUACUCACCUUUCUUCCCUGAGGAAGACUUCCCUUAUGAUGCAGAAGAGGCUGUGACCACCUGGAUUAACAAGGUCAAUGAAUACUUAAGAGAGAUUAUGGCUCAAGAGCAGACAGCAAGGAAUGCGCUUGAGACCAAACCUGCAGGUCUGAAGACACGGUACAAGAGGGAGGAUUCUAAGGCACAGUCUGCACUCUGUCUCCCCCUGGUGGAUAAUCUACUGAAAGACAACACAGACGGCUGUGCCCUGGCUGCAUUGCUGCAUUUCUACUGCCCCAAUGCAGUCCCACUGGAAGAUAUCUGUGUUAAGGAGACGAUGUCAUUGGCCGACAGCCUCUACAACCUACAGCUGAUCCAAGACUUCUGCAGGGAGAAUCUGAACAACUGCUGCCACUUCACUCUGGAGGACAUGCUCUAUGCCUCCAGCUCCAUUAAG